GAGAGGGAGAGAUAGAUCUCCUGACUCUGUUCAACAUUCACAAAGUGUGAAAAUGAGAGGCUUCUUGCUUGGAUUGUUUUGCCUUUUCCUUGUGUACAAACCUCUUUGGGCUGUAUCCACUUGCAAACUGAAGGCCAAGUUCAACCUGAACGGCUACAAGAAUGUAGAGAAGAAGAGGGUGGUCAUCGGAGGGAUGUUUCCUGUACACAUGCGUGUCGCUUCCAACGAUGGCAACACUUCCAAACUACCCGUCUCCUCAGGUUGUGAUGGAUUUAAUUUUCGGACCUUCCGCUGGACGCAGACCAUGCUGUUCGCUAUCAAUGAAAUCAACCAGAGGGAUGACCUGCUCCCCAACACUGACCUGGGUUAUGUUAUCUAUGACUCCUGCUUCACCAUCUCUAAGGCUGUGGAGGGAACCCUGACCUACUUGACGGGACAAGAUGAAGCAGUACCAAACUAUCGCUGUGGUAAUGGACCACCUCUUGCCACUCUAGUGGGGGCCGGGGGUUCUGAUCUAUCCAUUGCCACAGCCAGAAUACUGGGGCUCUACCAUUUUCCACAGGUCAGCUACUCCUCAACAUGUUCUGCACUGAACAAUAAGUUCCAGUUCCCCACCUUCUUAAGAACCAUUCCUAAUGACCUGCACCAGUCCACCGCUAUGGCCCAGCUGGUGCUUCACUUUGGCUGGACCUGGGUAGGCACCAUCGCUGCUGAUGAUGAUUAUGGUAAAUAUGGCAUCAAGGACUUCAAGGAGCAGGUGGAGGAAGCUGGAGUCUGUAUUUCCUUCUCUGAAACUCUGCCUAAGGUGAACUCACCGGAGGCCAUCCAGAGCAUCGUUCAAACUGUGGUUGAGUCAACAGCCAAGAUCAUCGUGGUUUUCUCAUCAGACGUGGACCUUAGUCCUCUCAUCGGCGAACUUCUCCGCCACAAUGUGACAAACCGCACCUGGAUCGCCAGCGAGGCCUGGGUCACCUCUGCUCUCAUCAACCAGCCUGGGGUGAACUCAGUCAUGUCCGGUACCCUCGGCUUUGGGGUGAAAAAGGCAGACAUUCCGGGUCUUCAGCGCCAUCUGUUGGAUCUGGAUCCUUAUGCAGAUGCCCUAACAGAGGAAUUCUGGGAGACGCUAUUUAACUGCACACUGGACUAUAGCAAAGCCCUGAAAAAGGCCAAAGCGAGAGCCAAGGAGGUGAACGGCACACUGGCCAGAACAGUGAAGGGGUUACCAGAUGGUCUGUGCACUGGCAGUGAGAAUGUGGCUCAGCUCAAUAAUACCUACUCUGACGUCUCUCAGUUAAGAAUCACUUACAGUGUUUACAAAGCAGUGUAUGCUGUGGCCAACGCCUUACACAACCUGGAACACUGCGAAGAAGGAAAAGGCCCAUUUGUUGGAGGGACCUGUGCCAACAUCACAAAUUUUGAGCCCUGGCAGCUGAUGUAUUAUGUGAAAAACGUGCGUUACACAAUGCCUAAUACGGGAGAGGUGAUCUACUUUGAGGACGGUGACAUAGAGGGCUUCUAUGACAUCAUUAACUGGCAAGUGAACGGUAAUGGAGAGAUAUCUUAUGUCACGGUGGGACACUACAACGGAUCAGCCUCUCCAGAGGAGAGGAUGCACAUAAGCAAUGACUCCAUUGUUUGGAACAAUGAGGAACUGGAGCCUCCUCGGUCAGUGUGCAGUGAGGACUGUCAGCCUGGCACGAGAAAGGGGAUUCGGCAGGGGGAGCCCGUCUGUUGCUUUGACUGCAUCCCAUGUGCAGAUGGAGAAAUCAGUAACACCACAAAUGCCCGUGAAUGCAUCCUGUGUACUGGAGACGACUGGUCCAAUGACGCCCAUGAUGCCUGUGUGCCUAAAAUCAUUGAGUUCCUUGCUUUUGGAGAACCGCUUGGAAUUACCUUGAUAGUCAUCUCUGCAUUUGGAGCUUUAAUAACCAUAGCUGUUGGGGUGGUGUUUUUGAUGUACCUUGGAACCCCUCUGGUGAAGGCCAACGAUCCCCUGUUGAGUUUCCUGCUACUCUUAUCUCUGGUGGUAACCUUCCUUUGCUCCAUCGUCUUCCUCGGAGAGCCUCAAAACUGGAGCUGCAUGACCAGCCAAGUAGCUUUAGCUCUCGGCUUUGCUCUGUGCCUUUCCUGCAUUAUGGGUAAGGCAGCCUUGUUAAUGCUAAGAGCUCGAGCUCUGAAAAAAGCCAGGGCCAAAGCCAAGGCAGCUGCCAAAGCUGCAAAAGCUGCAGCUGAAGCAGCAGCAAGCAGCGGCAGUCCUGAUGUGAUAGUAAACAGCUCCAUCAACAAUGACGCAGGUGCUUUGGAUAAACCUGAGGUUGACGCUCUCACCUUUGGUCACCAGAGGGCAAUGGCUGCUGUGGCAACAUUAAUACAGGCUGUAGCAUGCACGCUUUGGCUCAUCAUCCUCCCUCCACACCCCGUGAAGAACACCGCUGCUCAGAAUAUAAAGAUCAUUCUUGAGUGUGACGAAGGCUCUGUCAUCUUCAUCUGCUGCAUCUUUGCGUAUGACAUCCUGCUGGCUCUGCUGGCUUUCAUUUUUGCCUUUACUGCCCGCAAACUGGAAGACCACUUCAGCGAAGCCAAGUGUAUGACCUUUGGCAUGCUGGUCUUCUUCAUCGUCUGGAUUUCCUUUGUCCCGGCUUACCUCAGCACACGAGGAAAGUUUAUGGUUGCCGUCCAGAUUUUUGCCAUUCUAGCUUCCAGCUUUGGCCUGCUCAGCUGCAUCUUCCUUCCCAAGUGCUACGUUCUUCUGGUCAAACCUGAACGCAACAAAGAGGAGCUGAUGAAGCCCAGGCCCAAACCCAAAGACAGCUCCUUCACUGGAACGUCGGCGUCUCUUGCUACAGCUGGAACUGAAAUCAAUGCAUCAUUUGCAUCCACGGCUAUCGAUGAUCAGCCGGGAAACUAAAAUAAUCAGGAAGAAAGUUCUAAGAAUAAUAAAUAAUAAAUGUGUCUUCCUAUUCUAGAUAUAUUUGUUUUAAAUUUGCUGAAAGUUUCUAAAAUAUCUAUUUUAAACGAAAUAAUGUCUUUCUCCUGUCCUAAAACUUUAGCUCUUUCAAUACAAUUUAUUUAAAGAUGUAUCUUUUCUUUCAAAUUUACUUUUUAGUGCAAAACUAUUCUAAAUUAGAACUAGAUGCUUUUAUAUUGUAUCAU